AUGGAUCCGUCUCAAAAGGAUAAACUUAUCUCGUCCAAGAAUAAAUUGCAUCAGAUGCAUUUAGAAGCUGAAGAAAAGAAGAAGAUGCAAGCAGAGAAGGACCGUAUUCAAGCUGAGGACAGGGCCAGACAUGCUGAGUCCAGGGCUCCUCCUCUCUCUCAAAUACUUCCGGGUGGCACGUUGGUGGAUGAGGCCAACAACGCUGACAAUGAAGGCGAUCCAAUCGACCCAACUGGCACGACGGGGGGUUCUGGAAUCGCCAAUGGUGAAGAAGGUGAUGACGAGUCAUCUGAAGGGGAAGAAAAUGGAAAUUUCAAGUUAGCUCUGAAGAAGAAGAUUCAAUUGAGACAAGACAACUCCCUUGUCCCCUCUCUUGGAAAGAACAUACAGAUUAAGGUUCCUUCAUCGAGAGACAAAGAACCCCAACAGGGUGUUUCAAUCAUGGACGAACUCAACCAUGCGGUCAAAUUCGGGACACUAGAGGAAGCUAAAGCCGCUCUAGAGAAGCGGAAGUCCUCGAAGAAUAGCGAGGACCCCUCCUCGUCGUCGGGUUCUUCCGGUGUUGAGAAGCCUGAGAAAAAGCCGAAGAAGAAGAAGAUGUCGAAGAAACCUUCGGAUCCGGAUGACAGUGACUCUACCCCGUCUGAAUCUUCUUCCUCUGACGACUCCUCGGCGAUCAGUGCGGCAGAACUCAGGGGAAAAAGGGGAGGUAACGGAAAGAAACCGUUCGUGAAAAGGGGAAACUUCUCCCAGAACAAAGGUGCCAAGAUUCAGGGCAAUCAGGGCGAAGAAACUCAAGGUGCUGAAGGCUCCGGAACCAAUGGUGGCUUUGUGAAGAGGAACAACUACUACAAGAAAAACGGUGGUACUGGUGCGCAGAAGUCGCAAGGUGCAGACACCGCAGACAAACAGUAUCAGAGUUCCUGUCCCGAGCCUGCCGAUAGCGUCACGUGA